AUGGCAACCAACGGCGUACACAGCGUCGACACCGACGAGAUUCCACCGCAAGUCGAAGACGUUGAUUUCAACUCCCUGCACAUAUCGUCCCUCUCGCCCGCCACGCAAGCGAUCCACGCCGACGACCCUCUCAACGUCGUCGACGACGUAGCGCCGCCGAUCCACGUGAGCACGACUUUCCGCUACGACAGAGAUCCGGAAAAGUUACGUCCAUUCCACCAACGCCCCGCACCUGUCUACGAACAAGGCGAGCACUGUUACUCGCGGCACACGACGCACAGCACCUCACGGCUAGAAGCCAUCCUGAGCGUCCUCCUCCAUAACCCUUGCCUGACAUACUCGUCCGGUCUUUCAGCCUUCAACGCCCUGGUCACAUUCAUCAAUCCGAAAAGAGUCGCAAUCGGUGCUGGAUACCACGGUUGCCACGGCGUGCUGAAGCUGCACGAGAGGCUGUCGGGGUGUAAAAUCCUCCCACUCGACUGCAAACCCGAAGAGCUGGAAAAGGGUGAUCUUCUGCACCUGGAAACGCCCGUCAACCCCACUGGCCUUGCCUUCAACAUCCAGCACUAUGCGGACAUUGCACAUUCGAGAGGGGCGUAUCUCAGUGUCGACGCGACAUUUGCGCCGCCGCCCUUGCAGGAUCCGUUCAAACACGGCGCGGACGUUGUGAUGCACUCUGGAACCAAAUAUUUCGGUGGCCAUUCGGACUUGCUGUGCGGUGUUCUAGCGGUGAAGAACAAGGACUGGAUUCCGCAACUGGUGGAAGACCGCUUGCAUUUAGGAUCGGUGAUGGGAGGCCUUGAAGGCUGGCUUGGUGUGAGAAGUUUGAGGACACUCGAGUUGCGUGUGACGAGACAAAGCCAGAGUGCUCAGCGGCUGGUCGAUGCACUCGAUGGUGCUCUAACUGGAGCCACGGUAGGCACAGGAUUAUCCCAGUCAGAUGUCGAGAUCAUCAAGUCUGUUCUCAAAAAGGUCCAUCAUGCAAGCCUCCAGACGCAAGACUACAAGACUUGGUUGAGGAAACAGAUGCCGAAUGGCUAUGGGCCGGUAUUUUCAAUCGUCAUGAAGACCCCAGAACUUGCUCGGGCUCUACCCAGCAAAUUACACCUUUUCCACCAUGCAACUAGUCUAGGUGGCGUGGAGAGCUUGAUUGAAUGGCGGACCAUGACCGACUCGACGGUCGAACCGGAUUUGUUGCGAGUGAGCGUGGGUAUCGAGGACGAUAGAGAUCUGCUGGAUGAUUUGAUUCAAGGGUUCAAGGCCCUCGGAGAGCAAAAGCCCUAG